AUGCCGUCGUGUCUCAAUGCCACGACAUCCAACUGCCCUCGGCCGUACGUAGGUGAAUUGCACAACCUGCUGACGGCAAGAGACUACAACGCACCGAUUAUUAUCAACGGUUCCGGUACCUACAAUACGACAGCCUACGCAGAGUCUCUCCCAUUCGUCCGAACCGUCACGACAACAACAGCCGUUAUUGCAGCUGCAUUGGUUGGCACCACCUACAUCGCAUUGAUCCGAUACUCGGCACAGUUGUUUGGCGGUAUUAUGUUACCUGCCCACAUACUUUGGCAGAACGUUAGAACACUGUCGGAGAAUUUGACAGAAAUUGGAAAAGAGCCCAGAGAACAAGAAACACGAGCGGCAACCCGGCAUUCCCGAGGAGUGGGCGAGCGAAUUCAUGACGGUGAUUCUAAGCCUGCUGCAAGUCGCUUAUGCGACUCGAUACAUAGAUUCUAUGUUCAAUGUUUAAACUUUGUCAGUCAAGGAGGAGCCAGCCCAUCUACAGCCCAGUCCAGCCUCGAGCUCACGGAUCGGGAUGCUCAGGCUUCCGUAGUGAAUUCGAGCGAAACCUCUUCUGAGACUGACCAGUGGAAACGGGAGAAGCUCUUCCUUUUAAACACGGUCACUUUUUUAAAAAGCCAUGAAAAAUAUUUUCUGGCCCUUGGAAAGGAUGCCCCUGCCGAGCUUACUGGGAACCAAUUGCUGCAACAGAAAGACGACUUUACGCCCGGAUUCCAGCCCAUCAUGGAGGAUAAUGCAAUGUUCCACGAAAUGCUCCAACAAAGUACCACUCCGAGUGAGAGGAUUAAAGUAUCCUGGCUGCACACAGCUUCUCCAGCGAUGAGGAACGCUAUACAGCUGGCAAUAUGGCAGUGGGUCAGCCUAUGGCUGACCGUCAUCAUGAUCACGAACACACUUGUAUACAACGGAUUCAUAACCAGCACGCACACCACUGAUAUGGGACCUCGCUUGUUCCUAGUCAGUCUUUAUGGGAUAUCAAACAUUGGCUUGUUCUUUUUUUCCAUGUCGCGGUUCUGCCACACGUAUACAUCCGUCAUGUGGCACGCUUGUUGGGCAAUACUUCUCAAGGCCAAACCUGCCAUCAUUGACGGUGAUGAGUAUCGGGCAUGGUCCAGAGGAAGGGGUAGUCAUUUCAAGGCCAGAACUUACAGCUCGGAGGUAUUGGGGGAGCUCAAGGUGGAAAGAAUUUUUCAAACCUGUUUUCGGACUAAAGAUGGCAUUUAUGUCAUGGACCAAAAUCCAAGCAACUACCCGCGUUCUCUAAUGGGACCCAAUGUGAGAUACCAUCGGCGGGACGACGUCUGCUGCGUCCAUGAGCUUGAAAAGGCCGAGGAAUCGAUUGACAAAGACAUUCAUGCUGCUUACGAAGUUGAGAUCAAGGUUUUUGAGAAGGCCACUGAAGCAGCUGCUGAUCGAGUUGCAGCAAACGUCCUGGUGAUAUUAGGGAUCAUCCUCGCUACUGGUUUAUCACCGUGGACCUCGAACCAGCUCGUCGACUCUACAAGCACGCAGCUCGGUUCAUAUGCACUCUUACUAUCCACCGGCACGGGACUGACUGCCAUGAUGACAAGUACGGCACAUUUGGAUACUAUGAAGGACACGGCUUCCAGCAUCCUGCGCCUUGCCGAGAGCACACUUGAGAGAAAGGACGCCCAUACGCUGCACCCCCAGCGCCAUGGUAUUGACAUGGAGUUCACAAUGGCGGCGCACAAGUACAGCUCCAUCACCCUGCGCAGCCUCUUCAAUAUCUCAAACCCGAUCUGGUCCAUCUUCUUUGGUCCCGCGUUUGUACUUCUUCCCAUCCGUAGGCGGGGAGUGAUCAACACUCCAACGGCGAUUAUGAUGGCACCUCGCUUUGCUAUGAGACAAGCUGUCACGAUGAACAUGUAG